AUGUUACUCCUGUGCAUUAUCGUUAUUCAAUCCACCGUGAAGCUGACCAGGGAUUGGGGAGGUGAAGGUGUUGUGAAAGGAUGGAAAGAGUCUCGCCCGUACACCAAGAAGAAGAUUCUACCAAGGCAUUGGAUACCCCAUUUAUACUUUCCUGCUCUUAAAAGGAAAAUUCUUUACUCAGAAAUCCUCGACAAGCAUAUGAAGGUAACAGUCACGGAACGAGCUCUCCGUCUGAUCGAGCAACACUUUGGCUUGGAUUAUUACAUACUUCAAACAGCUGAAAUUGAUCUGGCUUCGAAGUUAAAACGAGAGAUGUUGUUAACCCUUGCCAAAGGAACAUAUUAUACAGAAGAUGAAGAACGUCACAACUAUAUUAAGGAGAAGUUCGAAAAGGAACUAGUAGCACGACUACGGGCUGGUACAGACCUCAUCACGAACGAGGGAGAAUAUGCACCAAAGGUCGAAGAAAGUAAAUUCGGUGAACGACUUCUCGGGAAUAGUGUUCGUACGCCUCAGUCGUUUAUGCUGUUACGAAGAGGACUAAACAUCGGACAAGUCACGGGAAUGGCAGUAAGGCAGGUCGCAACUGGUAAUCAGCAUUUUGCUGUAAGAGCAGGACUCAGCAAGAAUCCUGAGAAGACUUUAUUCGUGGAUGGCACCAAUGUUGUAUCGUACGGUGAUUUCCAAAAGUGGGGUGGAAGAUAUGCUGGUGUCCUUAAUGGCAAGUAUGGCAUAUCAAAAGGUGAUCGUGUGCUCUGUCGGACAAGCAAAACUCUGGACUCGGUAGCGCUGUAUCUGGCUUGUCUACAAUUAGGAGCAAUCUAUAUACCAGUGAAUCCCUCUUACACACGGUCUGAAACGGAGCAUUUCGUGAAGGCAUAUGGUUUGCGCAGAACCAAAUACUUUCUGUUCUCCCUUUAUUAUCAAACUCCAGGCUAUGAUAUACUUCAGGAUUCAACUCCAAAACUUAUGGUAACAUGUGAAGAUUCGAAAGACUCGGUAUUUCGUGACCAUAUAGCAAAUGUUUUGGACGAGAAGCAAUUAUCAAAAGAGGCGAAAGAAGCGAGCCCUAUGCUGGACAUUGAGCAUGUCGAGAGCACUGAUGUUGCAUGUGUAUGUUACACAUCUGGGACAACAGGCCUUCCGAAGGGUGCAAUGCUGACCCAUGGCUCACUGUCGUCAAACGCUGAAGCUCUUGUUGAUGCGUGGAGAUUCACCGAAAAUGAUAAGUUACUUCAUAUGCUGCCGUUCUACCACGUUCAUGGCAUGUUUAUUUCACUGAACUGUUCGCUGUUUUCACAUUCAACUGUAAUUUGGAGGGAUCGGUUCUCACUCGACGAUUGCUUGAAAUGGUUACCUGCAGCUACAGUUAUGAUGGGAGUACCAACAUACUACAGCCGCCUUCUUUCGGCUUCUGGCUUCAGAGGUGAUCUUCUGCAUCAGUUACGACUUUUCGUGAGCGGCAGCGCACCACUUUCGACUCCUGUGUGGGAGGAAUUCAAAUCUAGAACUGGACACGCAAUUCUAGAGCGCUAUGGCAUGACUGAAGCUCAAGUCAUCUGUUCCCAUCCAUACGAUGAUCGUCGACCUGGAAGUGUUGGAAAAGCGGUUGGGGAUACGAAGUGUUUUGUUUGGGUCCGAAUAAACAAAAAUGGUGGAAUCGAAAUUCAAGGCUCAUCGCUUUUUGCCGGUUACUGGAAGAAUCCGACGAAGACCGCUCAGGAUUUCACCGUUGAUAAGUAUUUCAUUACUGGUGAUCUGGGUGCUCUCGAUGAAGAUGGUUUCCUUCACAUACUUGGUCGUGGCAAAGACCUUAUCAUUACUGGCGGAUUCAACGUUUAUGCUAAGGAAAUCGAAGAUUGUAUCGACAGAAUUCCAUAUGUUGACGAAUCGGCGAUUAUCGGUGUACCACACAAGGAUCUCGGCGAAGUGGUUGUUGCUGUUGUCAAAGUGAAUAGCUCGGAGCCAUUAAAAGAAGAAGAAACGGAGCGGGAAAUCAUUUCUGCACUGAAGGACGUACUUGUCAAAUACAAGGUGUUUUGUGACUAA